AUGUUGCCAGAAGCUAGACUUGAGGCUUUGAGGGUUUUCAAAGAGUUCUUGGAGAAGCGUGAGAACAACCAGUAUGGUACCAAGGUUUUCAUUGAACAACCUGGAUGGGAUUUAACUCCCCUUGAAGGUCAAGACCUUCGCAAAAUGGAUCACAUUUUGCAGUACUCGGAGAUUGUCAGGAUCAUUCGAGAUGUCUUUGACAAUGUUGGGCCUAACUGGGCUGCCAACGAUGCCAACAAGGCUGAUGCUGAUGCCUUUCUUACACCUGGUUUGAUCCCCUAUGCAGCCCAUCGUGAUUUGGGGUACCCUGUGGAGCUUGUUGUCCAGGAGCCUCAGCCCAUGGAACAAGCCCAGGCCAAUGGAGAAGCCCAGUCAAAUGGAGAAGAGCCUUAA